UAGGAACUAGCCAAGUUUUGUGCUUGACAAUUGACAUCACUAAUUGCCAGUUUCAACAUUUCAAGUUGUUUGAAGCUUGGUAUUGUUGGUUAUAUUGCUAAUAAAUAAUAGAAAACAGUCAGCGAUUGUGCACAUUUUUGGUUUACCAAGAGCUUGUCGACUUGGGGAUCCCAAAUAUUUCACAAAAUCUGCCCUGAAGGCUGUUACUAGAACGAUUACCAGACCAUAUCAAGAUGGUGGAGGAGAAAACGAAGGAAACUGCGGUUGCUACCGAAGAAACAUCGGCUAAAACUGACGAACCUAAGACUGGGCCUAAAGAAUCAAAACAAGAGGUAACACCAACAAAAAAUGAAAAAAUAGAGAAAUUGGAUGACGAAAUCAAACUGGACCUUGGUGAUGCCACUUUGGUAUUAUCGGCCGAGGACGAGGUUGAAAUUGCUGCUCAAGCCACCGAAGAACUUAGAAAAUCCGAAUCCCCUGCUGUGAAGACCUCGCCAAAGGUUAAGGGCGGAAAAGAAACAAAGAGGAGCGUGUGGGUAUCAAACAUAUCAAAGGGCACCAAGGCGGCCGACCUAAAAAAAAUAUUCUCCGAAAAGUACAAAAUCGAAAGUGCGAAAAUAGUCACCAAUGGCAAGAGCCUGUUUGGCUAUAUUUGCUUGGAGUCGCUGGAACUGGCUCAGAAAAUGGUCAAAGACUUUAACGGAACAGCGCUGGAUGAUCGGAAGCUGGCUUUGUCGCUGUCCCGGCCUGAUUUGCGGUCCUCCUCGGCUGUGGAUAAUAAACGUGAUAAGGAAUCGAGGCCUCGAGUGUCCAAUGGAGUAAAGCGAACCGCGAGCAAUGCGAAGACAGAAACCUCAACGUCAGAGGACGGAAGGAAAGGAGACAGCAACGAUUCAGGAAAAGAUGCCAAACAGCCCGGAAAAGAAAAGGAAAAAGACGCCCGCGAUGAGGAAAAGCGCCGGCUUCAGGUGCGGCUACAACGUUCACAGGAAGAAUCCGAUCGUACCAUUAAGAACCUAAAAACGGAUUUCAAGCGGGUCACCAUCGAAUUGCAAAAUAAUAGGCGUCGUCUCACCGAAGCCACCCGCAAUCUGGACCAGGAGAAAGAGCGAAAAGUCAGCAUGCGACGCGAAAUUGAAGAAUUGAAGGCGCAACUGAAGUCCGAACGCAGAAGAUUCGAAGAGGAAAUCGAGCAGAUGGGGAAAAAACGGCGGUCGGAGGAAAAUAGAUACCAGGAGGACAGGGAAAUGUUAACCAGGGAGCUUAAUAAGUGCCGAGAAGUUCGGGAGUUUCUACAGAAGAAAAUUGAUGAUAUUGUGCCGGUGCGACAUAGCAGAAGUUCUCCGCGCAGAUCUGAUAGGGAAAGCGAUAAGGGCCAUCGGGGAAGAAUGGACAGUAGGGUAGGAGGUCGCAGUCCUCCACCUCCACCGAAAAUUAACCGGCGCUCCAGAAGCCCCCACACCUACAAAGGUGCCAAGAAGCCAAGAGUGGACAGUCAGUCCACUAAACCCAUAUCUUAUGGCAAUAGCCAUUAUGAGGCUCCGUCUCCCUACUCGGGAAGUUCAAAGUCGUUAUUGGGUAAUUACCCCCAUCCAGUUCCCUCCGGAGGAUCGGGCAUCUAUGUUAGUACAUCCUAUGUUAACCCGCAUAGGUAUAGUGGUUCCUCGUCUACAUAUCCUGGAUCUUUUUCGGUUGGUACCCCCACACCCUUAAUGUCUAGGCCGCUGGCCUAUCCAGACAUAAGAAGUUCUGGGAGUAGCCAACGCAAAUAUUAGUUGUUUUUAAUGGAACUCUGUGCAUCUUUGGAUAAUACUUUAUCGGGUUAUUUUUAACGUCUGCGUUGCAAGUUUAUGCAGGUCUUUAUCCAGUUGUUGAUCAGAGCGUAAGGAGUAUUUUUUGGAUCUAAUUUUCAUUUACUUCGGGAGCAUUUGGUUGAAUGUGCCAUUCAACCAAAUUCCUGAAUCAAUUCCUCUAAUUUCGUUCAGGUUCUCGUUUGGAAAUUUUUUCACUAAAACUAACCCAUAGUGUAGUUACUGUAAUGAUUCUAGGGGUUGAAGAUAUUGAUAGCGAUGUUUCGUUUUAUUAAAUUAGAUCAGAAUACAA